UUAAAUGAGCCUCGCUCAGGAUCGUUUCUUAGUUCAGACACGGACGGAGAGCAGACAGAGACAGUCUCUUCUCCUCCCCUUCUUCCUCCUCCGUACUCUUCCUCAUCUUUCUUCUGUGUCUCUCCAUCCAUAUGCGUCUUUUGGAUACGUCUAGAGCGCGUCAGUCCGCCUGGAUCAGUCCAUUUUCCCUCCACAUGUCCUCUCCACUAUAGUCCCACUGGACGCUGUUUUUAAGGUGAUGAUGAUGCCUGGCUAAAAGGCUCGCAGCAGUCUUCGUCCUCCAGCCAAACGCAGCGGGAGCGCCGCCUGAAGAAGAGCUUGGUGCUACUGCCUUCCUCUCUUGGAGCGAUCUGCGUAAAUGGAUUUAUGUUUGUCGAAGAAAAGUUGGAUUUUGUAAAGAGCCCCGUGGACACGUAACAUGGACAGAUUCGGAGUGCGUUUGUAGAAUCGGUGCUUUUGUGUUGGAAUCACACCGGGAGAGGAGAUGCACAGAGCGUGGAUACUCUUCUUUCUGAUAGAAGAGGGUUUUGCUCUGGCACAGCGAACUAAAGAUCUCCCAAGCGACCAUGGCGCCCAGACCCCCAACCAGAACGACUGCGGCACGUGGGUCCGCAACAUCAACGGUGGGGUGUUCACGUCGCCAAACUACCCCACGACGUACCCACCCAACAAGGAGUGCGUUUACAUCCUGGAAGCUCUCCCCAGACAAAGGAUCCAGCUGGCUUUUGAUAAGAAUUACUACAUCGAGCCAUCUUUCGAGUGCCGCUUCGACCACAUCGAAAUCCGGGAUGGGCCAUUUGGGUUCUCGCCCCUCAUUGAUCGCCUGUGUGGGGGAAAGAACCCGGGACUGGUCACAUCGACGGGACGCUUCAUGUGGAUCAAGUUCACUAGCGACGAGGAGCUGGAAGGACUCGGAUUCCGGAUUAAAUACACCUUCAUCGCAGACCCUGAUUUCCAUCUGCACGUGGGCGGACUGCUAAACCCCAUCCCAGACUGUCAGUUUGAAAUUGGUGGAUGGGAUGGGAUUAUUCGCUCCAGUCAGGUGGAGGAGGAGGAGAAAGUGAAGCCUGGUGACGCUCUGGACUGUAUCUGGACCAUCAGGGCUCCUCCUCAGUCCAAGAUCUACCUGCGCUUCAUGGAGUACCAGAUGGAACACUCCAAUGAGUGCAAGAAGAACUUUGUGGCUGUGUACGAUGGCAGCAGCGCCAUCGAAAACCUCAAGGCCAAGUUCUGCAGCACCGUGGCCAACGAUGUGAUGCUAGAUAACGGAGUGGGAGUCGUGCGAAUGUGGGCUGACGAGACGAGCAGACUGAGCCGAUUCCGCAUGCUCUUCACCUCAUUCGUUGACCAUCAAAACAGGAACAUCUCCAAAUCUAAAACCAUUGACCGAAGACAAGGGAACCUGGAAGUGCGCAAAAGCUAA